ACCGCGAGAGAACCCCACUGCCGCGGCCGGAAAUCUCAUCAGUCAGUUCAUCUGUCCAGCUCGCCGUCGCCAGCCAACCAGCCACCCUCCUCUCGCCGGGGCGGUGAUCACACGGCUCCCGCCAUGGCCUCCUGGCUCAAGGUCGCCGAAGACUUGCUCGAAGUCGUCGACCGGAGGGCGAAAAGCGUGGCUACUGAGCUGUCCGAUGAGCAGCCUGGCUCUCAGCCUUCAGGAUCGAGUGGCCAAGAAGGGCAAGGGAAGAGGGGAAAGCCGAGGGAGAAGGGUCCACUGAAGCUCGCUACUGGGGAUGCCGGCAACAAGGCAGGGGCCCAGAAGGAAAGGAAGAACAGGCAACCGCCACGGGAGAGGAUCAAGAUUGAGAAGAUCAAACCUUCGGCGCGCGCGGAUUCAUCAAAUGUUGAUGCUACUGCUACUGCUACUGCCAGUGAACCUGAAGUCACUUCAGUUGAUGUUAAGGGAGCGAACGAAGAGGGUGCAGCAGACAAAGGAGAGAACGCUUCUGUUGACCUUAAAAAUGAUAGAGGGGUGAAUGUUGUUAAUAAGGCUGUUGAAGUCCAGUCAGUGGAGACAAAACCUGAGGAUACAGGUUCUGUUACGGAUGGUGUUACAGAUUCUGGACGUCUGGAGAGUGCUUCUGAAAGCUCUGUUCCUUCAGUUUCAGAUGAAAAAAAUGAGCCGAGCAGCAGUAACCAGUCUACUGAGAUUGGUCUAGCAGUCAGUUUGGAGGAUAAAGACACGGCUGUGGCUAUUAUCCAGGAGAGAAAUAUCUCUGAGUUACCUGAUACACAAGGUUCUGGCAAAUCCCAAGAUACGAAGAAAGAUGAUUUGGUAGAUUCACCAGAGACCACGGAAAAUCAACAGGAACAUAAAUCUGAUUCAGUUCCUCUGAAAGAGCAAGAUCAACUUGAGGAGGCUCAGGGAUUACUAAAGAGCGCCGCAAAAUCUGGCCAAUCAAAAGAAGCUAGAUUAGCUCGGGUCUGCGCUGGACUUUCAUCCCGUCUCCAAGAAUAUAAAUCUGAGAAUGCACAGCUAGAGGAACUUCUUGUCCAGGAGAGGGAGAAAUGCAGCUCACAUGAAGCUCAUAUAAAGCAACUACAGCAAGAACUAUCAGUGUCCAGAGUACAAGGUUCGCGAGUUGAAUCUAACAUGGUUGAUGCUUUGACUGCAAAAAACACUGAGAUUGAGUCUCUAGCAAAAUCAUUGGACUCUUGGAAGAAAAAAGCAGCAGCUUCAGAAGAAAUGCUUGCAUCUUUACAGGAAGAUAUGGAUGGCCUUAAGAGAAACCGUGAGCUUACUGAAACCAGGAUCAUCCAGGCUUUACGAGAGGAACUUUCUACUGUAGAGCGGAGGGCUGAAGAGGAGCGUAUUGCACAUAAUGCUACAAAGAUGGCAGCCGUUGACAGAGAAGUGGAAUUGGAGCAUCGGGCGGUUGAGGCAUCAAAUGCUCUUGCUAGAAUCCAGAGAGCUGCUGACCAAAGCUCAUCAAGAGCAAUGGAAUUUGAGCACAAAGUAGCUGUGCUUGAGGUUGAAUGUGCAUCGCUCCACCAAGAACUACAGGAGAUGGAAGCCCGUAGUCGCCGUGCUCAGAAAAAGCCUUCUGAAGAAGCUAAUCAAGUUCUUCAGAUACAGGCAUGGCAGGAGGAAGUUGAGAAAGCACGCCAAAGCCAAAGAGAGGCAGAAAGCAAGAUAUCUUCCUUGGAGGCUGAGUUGCAGAAGAUGAGAGUUGAAAUGGCUGGAAUGAGAAGAGACGCAGAGCAUUAUUCUAGACAGGAGCAUGUUGAGCUUGAGAAGAGAUACCGUGAGCUUACUGAUUUACUGUACCAUAAGCAAACACAAUUAGAAUCCAUGGCCAGUGAAAAAGGUGCAUUAGAGUUCCAACUAGAGAAAUCGUUGAAGCAAUUUCAUGAAGUGCAGGUAGAAGCAGAAAGGAGUAGGGUUUCUCGCAGAUCAGCGUCAUCAUGGGAAGAAGAUACUGAUAUCAAUGUGCUAGAGCCUCUUCCUCUACAUCAUCGACACAUGGCAACAGCAAACCAUCAGUUGCAAAAGGCUGCGAAGUUUUUAGAUUCAGGAGCUGUGAGGGCGACUAGAUUUCUGUGGCGGCAUCCUGUUGCCCGAGUCAGCCUUCUGUUUUAUCUGGUGUUUGUGCAUUUGUUCUUGAUGUACUUGAUGCAGCGCCUGCAGGACUUCGCAGCGGAAGAAACUGUGAAAUCGUCUCUGGACGAGUUGGCCAACGUGAAGUUGCCAUAGGCUUAUGGCAUUCCAACUCCCUGCCUCUCGCAGAUUUUUAGGCGUUGCUUCCUGAUUGUAGCUCAAUACGUGGCCCAGUUUGGAACAACGGUUUGCCACACUCUGUUCCUACGGGAGUUUCACAGUUUCCUGUGAGAUUCCUGCGUUCCAAAUAGGCCAUUAAGCUUUCUUGGUCUGGCGUGGUGCUAACCUGGCCACUUUUUUUUUUCUUCCCCUUCCCUCUCUUUUUGUAAAGUAAUGCUCUUGGUUUGGCCGUGGGCUAUAUAAUUCAUUCUUUCACACUUCAUAUUGAUCACAGAUGUAGCAACUCGUAUAGACAGCUUGAUCCAAAAACAUAAGUGUGUCAUACAGGCCACUUGAGCCAAUUCUUGUACUUGAACAAACUGUUGGAAACCGA